AUGGCUCCUGAAAAUCUCCAACUUGAAAUCCUUCCCUUUAAUCAAUGUCUCAAUCACACCGCUCUCUUCCAGAACCGCACCACCCCUUUCCGCCUCUCUUCCCCUCGCCCCACCUUCUUCAAACCCACAUCAAUCAAAUGCGCCACCCAACUCCACACCCAACCCCCACCCCUCACCCACGCCCAAGAUCGCGUCUUCAACUUCGUCGCCGGCACCGCCACCCUCCUGGAAAAGGUUCUCCUUCGUGCCCAAUCCGAGCUCUACAAUUGGGGCGGAUCCGGCAUGAGCGUCAUGGAAAUGAGCCACCGCGGCAAGGAGUUUCUCUCCAUAAUCCAAAAGGCCGAAUCGGAUCUCCGCACCCUCCUCCAGAUCCCGCCAGAGUAUUCUGUCCUCUUCCUCCAGGGCGGCGCCACAACCCAGUUCGCCGUCGUGCUGCUCAAUCUCUGCUCCCCUGACGACGUCGUCGACUUCAUCGUCACGGGCUCCUCGGGCGACAAGGCCGCCAAGGAGGCGCAGAAGUACUGCAAACCCAACGUGAUCUGGUUUGGGAAAUCCGAAAAGUACACAAAGGUAACCAUAGACCCCCUUUUGGCACCGGGUCUGCUUGGAGCAAGGCCAAACAGCUAA